AGUGGAAGGACGGUGAUGGCGCAGCCCCCCAGCCGCUCAGUUCCCCGCAGGCUCUGCCCGCCCCGGCCGCCGCUCGGCCCGGCUGCAGUUUCCGGUGGGACUUUGUACGGCGGCGCUUCCCUUCCCCGCCUCGGCCCUGCGCUGCCCGCGGCCAUGCAGUCGCAGGUUCUGUGCCUGGGCGGUGGGGCCGGGGCUCCUGCUGCGCGCAGGGUCCGCCUGCUCCUGCGGCAGGUGCUGGCCGGCGGGGCGGCCGCGGCUCGGCCCGGCCGCCUGGAGGUGCGGGCGCUGCACGGCUCAGGUGAUACUGUCACUAUUGGAGAUGUGUCUUUUAAACUCAAAACACCGAAGAACCCAGAACUUGUUCCACAGAACUACAUGACAGAUUCUUUGGCCCAGUCUGUAGUACAGCAUUUAAGAUGGAUAAUGCAGAAGGACCUUCUCGGCCAGGAUGUCUUUCUUAUUGGACCUCCUGGGCCCUUGCGACGGUCUAUUGCCAUGCAGUAUCUGGAACUGACAAAGAGAGAGGUUGAAUAUAUUGCUCUAUCAAGGGACACCACUGAGACAGACCUCAAACAGCGACGAGAGAUCCGAGAUGGCAGUGCUUUUUAUCUUGAUCAGUGUGCAGUUCGUGCAGCUACAGAAGGACGAAUCCUUGUGUUGGAAGGUUUGGAGAAGGCUGAGCGCAAUGUCUUACCUGUGUUAAACAAUUUGCUGGAGAACAGGGAAAUGCAACUUGAAGAUGGACGUUUUCUCAUGUCCGCAGAACGUUAUGACAAACUUCUGCAGGAUCAUACGAAAUCAGAGUUGGAUGCAUGGAGGAUUGUUCGGGUUAGUGAAGAUUUUCGUGUAAUAGCGUUGGGUUUGCCAGUACCUAAAUAUUCUGGUAACCCUUUGGAUCCUCCCCUUCGCUCUAGAUUUCAAGCUAGAGAUAUUUAUCAUCUGCCUUUUAAGGACCAUCUUCAGCUAUUAUAUUCAAUUGGAUCAAACAUUUCUGCAGAGAGAAUUUCUCAGAUCCUGUCUUUUGCUACAACUCUCUGCUCUCAAGAAUCCUCUACACUGGGACUUCCAGAUUUUCCUUUAGACAGCUUAUCUGCUGCAGUUCAGAUUUUGGAUUCAUUUCCUAUGAUGUCAGUCCAGCAUGUUAUUGACCGGCUUUAUCCCUAUAAUGUUUUCCUUGGAAAGGAAGGCAAAACUGCUGUCAAAGAUGCACUAAAACGUUUUGAGCUCCAAGACUCAAACAAACAAUUGCGUCCAAGACGGAUUACAAAAGUUGAAAGUGUACCAGGAAACAAACCCUUCAAGGCUGAUGUAACUGUACAGAUUGGUGAAAGUGAAGUGACAUUCCAGGUUCCAGCUGGGACUGGGCUAUUAAAACAGCAUUCUCAAUCAGAUAAAUUCAUAAGAACUUCCAGUCAUGAUCAGCUGUUGGCAGAAAUGAUGCAAUCUCAUAUGGUUAAAGAUAUGUGUUUGAUUGGAGGAAAAGGCUGUGGAAAAACAGUUAUUGCUAAGGAGUUUGCUGAUAUGCUAGGAUACAGCAUAGAACCUAUCAUGCUAUAUCAGGACAUGACAGCUAGAGACCUGCUGCAGCAGAGGUAUACUCUUCCUAAUGGGGACACUGCAUGGAGACCAUCACCUCUUGUUACUGCGGCCCUGGAAGGAAAACUUGUUAUUCUUGAUGGCAUUCAUCGAAUUAACCCUGGCACUCUAGCUGUAUUGCAAAGGCUGAUACAUGACAGAGAAUUGACCCUCUAUGAUGGCACCAGAUUAUUAAGGGAGGAUAGGUAUCAGAACUUAAAAGAAGAAUUGAAGAUCCCUGAUGAGAAACUACAGGAAAGGUCUAUCUUUCCUAUCCACCCCUCAUUCAGAAUAGUUGUCCUAGCAGAACCUCCUGUCAUUGGAAGUAGUACCCAACAGUGGCUUGGUCCAGAGUUUCUGACACUGUUUCUUUUUCAUCAUGUUCGAUCUUUAAGCAAGAAUGAAGAAAUUCAAGUUAUUAAAGAAACGAUUCCAAAUGUACCCAGUAUUGCUGUGGAGCAGUUGCUGUCAUUAACACAUAAGCUUCGGGAGACAAAUGACACUACAGCACAGUCCCUGGCUUCAUCUUUAUCUACUCGACAGCUAUUGCGAAUUUGUCGUCGACUGUCACAACAUCCAGAUGAAAGCCUUUACUAUGCUGUUAAUAAAGCCUGCCUUUCCAGAUUUUUACCAAACCUUGCCAGAUUGGCUUUACAUAAAAAUCUACAGGAUUCUGGGAUUGAAGCAAAUCUGGAUAACAUGAAGAAACUAGAGGAGAAGGAUUACAGUUGUGAAAUAAACAAUGGGAUUCUGAAAAUAGGAUCUGUGACUAUGCCAAUUUAUAACCCAAGUGAGAAAAUGAAAGUGCCUGAUGUUUUGUUCUAUGAAAAUGCUCAACAUAUGAUGGUAAUGGAAGAUAUGCUAAAAGACUUUCUGUUGGGAGAACAUCUUCUUUUAGUUGGCAAUCAGGGUGUUGGGAAGAACAAGAUUGUUGACAGAUUCCUUCACCUUUUAAACAGGCCCAGAGAGUACUUACAGCUGCACAGGGACACCACUGUACAAAGCCUCACCCUACAGCCUUCUGUUAAAGAUGGUCUUAUUACAUAUGAAGAUUCACCGCUGGUAAAGGCAGUGAGGUUUGGACAUAUUUUGGUCGUUGAUGAAGCAGACAAAGCACCAACAAAUGUUACCUGUAUCUUAAAAACCUUAGUAGAAAGUGGAGAGAUGGUUUUGUCAGAUGGAAGGCGAAUUGUUGCCAAUCCUGCUCGUGUAGAGGGGAGAGAAAAUGUCAUAGCAAUUCAUCCUGAUUUUAGAAUGAUAGUUCUAGCAAAUAGACCUGGAUUUCCUUUCUUGGGUAAUGACUUUUUUGGCACAUUAGGGGACAUCUUUAGUUGCCAUGCUGUUGAUAAUCCUAAGCCGCAGUCUGAGCUGGCUAUGCUUCGACAGUAUGGUCCUGAUGUUCCAGAGCCCAUUCUUCAGAAAUUAGUGGCUGCUUUUGGAGAGCUGAGGAGUUUAGCUGACCAAGGAAUUAUUAACUAUCCCUAUUCAACUAGAGAAGUUGUGAAUAUUGUGAAGCAUUUGCAGAAAUUCCCAACUGAAGGACUGGCAAACGUUGUUCGAAAUGUGUUUGACUUCGACUCCUACAACAACGAAAUGCGUGAAAUUUUAAUCAACACUUUGCACAAAUAUGGGAUACCUAUUGGAGCAAAACCAACCAAUGUACAGCUGGCCAAGGAAUUGCCAUUACCAGAUCAUAAAUUUAUGGGCUACUGGAAAAUUGAUCAGCCGGGGAAUGCACAACAGAAACUGCUGUGUCCCACAGAAACUCAAAAAAUAGAUGUAAAGGGCCCUGUGUACUUAAAUAUUCAAGGAUUUCCACUGGAACGACAUGAAGCCCGGUCCCUCAACUUCACAGAAGAACUUGCUUAUUGGACACUGCCUUUGGAUGAAACUAACCUUGUUUGCGAUGUCACUGUCACAAAAGAAGAGGAAACUGACAAUGUGCUUUAUGUUACUACCUGCAAUCCUGUUUCCUUGUACUUCAUGAAUGUCUCUAGUAAGAAUGGAUACUUUGUGGAUUUGUAUGACAUCUUCCCAAGAACAGUUGGACAUGUCUGGCAGCCUUUUGUGACUGUGGCACCACUGGGAAAUCCACUCAAAGGUCAAGUGAUUCUGCAUGAAGAGGAGAGCAAUGUUGUGUUGUUGUUGGAUACAAACAAUGGUGCCAUUCGUCGGCUUUUGCUCUUGCCAGAUGCUCAAGAUUCUCCCCGGAGAACACGCUGGUGGAGCAGCAAGGAAGAGACGAGCAGCUACAAAAUGUGCCGAGAGUUUUCACACAAAAACUGGCUGGUGUUCUACAAGGAAAAAGGAAACCGUCUUAUUGUACUCGAUGCAUUAGAGGGCCAAACUCACACCAUCUCACUGCCAAUCAAUCUGGAAUCUGUCUUCCUGGUGGCUGAGGACCGGUGGCUCUUGGUGGAAAGUGAAACAAAUCAGAAAUUUCUUUUAACGAAGCGUGUCCAUAUGGAGGCUGAAGACAGUGAGGCUUGCCAGCUGUAUGCAUUGAAUGAAGAGCCAGCUGACAUGGGAUUUGGCUUAACAACGGCAUCAGAACUGUGUGUACCGCAUGCAGUUGCAAGCGCCCAGCUAUCGUCAGAAAGCCUCAGUGCAGCUGUGGGACUAAAGAUCAGCUCCCCCAACAGGAUUUUCUCAGAUCAACAUAACUAUGCUACUGUUGUUAUUGGCUUCCCAGACCUCAUGUCUCCCAGUGAAGUGUACAGUUGGAAAAGAAACUCUUCUCUGAGUCGCAAACACGCUUCCCCUUCUGAAUCAUUUUAUUAUGGAGCCCAAAGGAAAAGAGGAGCUGCAAAACAAACCAAUUGUGUAACUUUAGUGGCUUCUAAUCAAAUAGCCAGAAUUUUAGCACCUGGAGAUGUGCCUUUGAAAGACAUUUACCCAAAAGAUGUUGCUCCUCCACAAGCUGCUGGGUAUUUGGAAGUAACAGAUCUGAACUCGAAGAAAAUCAAAUACAUUGCUAUUCCUAGGCCACGUUCUCUCUCUCCGUAUACAUCUUGGCUCUCCAUGAUCUCAGAUGCUGAUGCCAUCUUGGCACCACUGGGCAAAGUAGGCUUGGUUAGUGUGGACAUGGGAGGUGGUGUGAGGCUCUGGGAGACUGGGCUGGAAAGCCUGCAGCGUUCUCUGCAGGAAUGGAGGAACAUGAUUGGACAGGAGGAUGGUCGGCCCGUGCAGAUAACCAUUCAGAGGGACAGUGGUUUGGACGUCAGUUCCCCCAAACAUGGGAAAGUGGAUCCAGACAACAUGCCUCAUGUUGGUGGAAAUACUUGGGCUGGUGGAACAGGUGGGAGAGACACUGCUGGGCUAGGUGGCAAGGGUGGGCCAUAUCGUCUGGAUGCUGGCCAUAAGGUUUAUCAAAUAUCUCAAGCUGAAAAGGAUGCUGUUCCUGAGGAAGUUAAGAGAGCUGCUCGAGAGAUGGGUGAAAAAGCCUUUAAACAGAGAUUGAAAGAGAUUCAGAUGAGUGAGUACGACGCAUCUACUUAUGAAAGAUUCUCUGGAGCAGUACGACGUCAGGUUCAGUCGCUCCGCAUCAUCUUAGACAAUCUGCAGGCCAAGGGUAAGGAAAGACAAUGGAUGAGACACCAAGCUGUUGGAGAACUAGAUGAUACCAAAAUCAUUGAUGGGCUGACAGGAGAGAAAGCCAUUUAUAAACGGCGGGGAGAGCUUGAGCCGCAACCUGGGAGCCCCCAGCAGAAGCCUAAACGCUUGCGCUUAGUGGUGGAUGUUUCUGGAAGCAUGUACCGCUUCAACGGGGUCGACAGACGGCUGGAGCGCUCCAUGGAGGCUGUCUGCAUGGUCUUGGAAGCUUUUGAGAAUUAUGAGCACAAAUUCAAGUAUGAUAUUGUUGGACAUUCAGGAGAUGACUACAACAUCACCUUGGUUGAGAGUGGGAAAAUUCCAAAGAACAAUAAGCAAAGAUUAGAGAUUCUUAAGGUCAUGCAUGCUCAUGCUCAGUUCUGCAUGAGUGGAGAUCACACCUUGGAAGGCACUGAGCACGCCAUUCGGGAAAUUGCCAAGGAGGAUGCUGAUGAGUAUUUUGUUAUCGUCUUGAGUGAUGCAAAUCUGGAGCGAUACGGCAUUGAACCAUCAAAAUUUGCCCAGGUCUUGACCACCAACACACAAGUCAAUGCUUUUGCCAUAUUUAUAGGGUCUUUAGGAGACCAGGCAGAUAGGCUGCAGAGGACUCUGCCAGCAGGACGCUCCUUUAUUGCCAUGGAUACCAAAGACAUCCCUCAGAUUUUACAGCAGAUCUUCACAUCAACCAUGCUGUCAAGUGCCUAACCAGUGCCAGUGCCAUGGCACAGGAAUUCAAAGAAUCCACUCCUGCUGAAGAUACAAACUCUACAGCUAAGGACGAUCAGCUGUUAAUAAAAUACAUCCUGUUCUGUGAUCAGCAAACCAGCCCCAAUCUUCAUUAGAGCUCCACCAACUUUGUGUGUUCAAGGAACUGCAGUGAGGCUGAGGUAAACCUCAGGCUGGCAACAGAGUGGAUGUUCUUCCAGAGGGACAAGAGAUAAAGUACAGUUUGUGAUCAUUACUCUGGCUGAUGGGUUGCCAGCACUGCAGCAUCAUCUGGCACAGUUUGACUAACAUGGUUCUUUGGGAUUAGAUAAUAUUAUACAAUGCAGAGCCAGACAAUCUGUUUCAGUGUUUUGUGUGUAUAUGUUUGAAUGGGUAGUUAACCCCAUCUCCAAUUUAAUCAGGGCUGUUCUCAUCAGGAAGGAAACCCUUCCUUCCUCUACUGUUGCUCUCUUGUCCUGAUGGGCACUGGGGCUUCACCACUGGAGGCUGGGAACAAUGGGGCAGUUUGCAAACACUGACUGUCACAUGUAAACAUUCAUUAUCUGAUCAGGCACGGUGCUCAGAGAUGUCAGAUCUAGAGAAAGUGGCUGCUGAGGAGGGAAAUAAAUGCCUCUUUCAGUUCUGCCUGUGAAAAGAAAGGGGAAGGGCUCUAAACGGUCUUGAGAGCCCACCUGCCAGCAUGUCCAAGGAGGGGGCGACUACAGCAUCUCCUUUGCAUGAUGGAUGAUGAAAUCCUGUUCUUUUGCCCAGAGUCCUUGAGAUGGCCUCAGUACCUUGUGACUGGGAGACAAAAAAUUGUUAGCACUUUGCUAGAGCUCCUUCGUGAUCUGCAUUGCUUGGAUCCUUUGGAGAUGAAAGUGAAGGACAGAUCUAGGCAUGAGAAAAUAAGUUAUUUUUUUAUAAAGGAAAAAAAAAGCUCUUUUCACUUUAGCAAGAUGUCUGUGUUGGCAUGCAGUUCUUGAAUAUCCAGGAUAUUUGUAAAGAUACUUUAUAAUUCGGUUGGCUGGUGUUUGGCUUGUCCUAUGAGGUGAUAAUCUCCGUAUACUAAAGAACAGAGAUCUUGCAGUGCAUCGAUAACACAGGAGUACCUGAAGAAUUCAAUUUAUCAUUUAACUCAGCUGGGGUUCCACCGCACCCACAGCUUUUCUGGGCAGCUUUACCCUGUGUGCCCCAAAAUGUCCUGAAAGGAGGAUGUGUGAGGAUGAUAGAAGGCCUUUUUCAGAGGUUUCUGGGAUUGUUAUGGUAAGCAUGUACACAAGAACAAAGAGGUUAAAGACGUAAUUCCUGUUUGCAGGGAGUUAGGAGGGGAGUGCUGGGUUGAUCCUGGCUGGGGCAAACGCACACACAUAGACAUGCUCACGUACACACAGGCUGCUUAAGGGAAGCACACAUCAAAACAUAAAUAUCCUGGUCCCGUAAACAUGGCUUGAGAUACUACAUGCAGUAAAGAGCUGGCAUAUUAGGAAUCCUGUUAGUAAACAUGUUUACAGUGGAAAUUCCUUUAGUGCCUUCAGGCAGGAAGCAUUGCUGGACAGUAAGGGCUCCUAGGCACCUCCUAGGUUACUGUUAGCAUUAUCAUAAAAAUUAAUGUUGUUUCAGAGAGGCUCUACAAUAAAUUCCAUUCGUUUGGGUAACCCCAUAAAUCACUUUUAGUGUCACAGUAUGUAGGCCAUCUUUCAAAGCUUUAUUCUUUGUCAGGACAUUCUGUUAUGUUUCGGUUCACAUUUCACAGGAUAUGGCCAUAGGCAGGCUCUGUAGAGAGCUGGGGGCAGUGGGGAAGCUGCUCUUGGUGCUUUCUGAGGGGAGAAGGGAUGAAUGAACACUUAACGCUUAUUGCAGGCCGUGUUUGACCUGAGAGCAGCUUUCUGAGUUGUUCAAGUGCAGUGAGAGAUUUCGCUGGGGUAAGCAACUCUUACCUGCUCUGGUGAGGUUUUGAAGUGUUUAAGAAAUGUGUAGACGUGGCACUGAGGGAUGUGGUUAGUGGGCAUGAUGGUCAUGGACUGAUGGUUGGACUAGCUGAUCUUAAUGGUCUUUUCCAAUUGUAAUGAUGAUUCUAUGAUUCACACAGCAGCAGGGUGGCCUCUUUGACUGGCAGUGUGACUCACUGUUCAGCUUACAGGAACAUCCAGCCAACACUGUCCUUUCAUGGCCCUGAGACCAGUGGUUUUUAAUAUGCAUUUAUUUGUUCAUUAGUAACAUACUUAGGAGUAAUGCGGUGACUGUGAAUUCUCAUUGCAGCGCAGGCACCAGUGCCUUUUCCUUUGCAGGUACAUGGAGAUGUUUUUUCCAUCAACAUAUAUUUUUCACACAGAGGGUGGUGAGGCACUGGAACAGGUUGCCCAAGGAGGCUGUGGAUGCCCCAUCCCUGGAGGCAUUCAAGGCCAGGCUGGAUGUGGCUCUGGGCAGCCUGGUCUGGUGGUUGGCGACCCUGCACAUAGCAGGGGGUUGAAACUAGAAGAUCAUUGUGGUCCUUUUCAACCCAGGCCAUUCUGUAAUUCCAUGAUUCUAUGAUUCUAUGAUAUAUACAUACAUUACACAUAUAUACAUAUAUCUAUAUAUAUAGAUACAGCCCAGGCAUAUGUGCUUCCAGUCAGAGCCAGGCACAUCCUCCAUGUAAGAAGGUGAGCAGCCCGAGGUGCCCCUGUGUGGACACAGGCUGUGAGCAGAGAUGUAGGAAGGAUGGAAGCCUGGGCUCCAGCAGUUGCUUUUCCCCUUUCGAUCUUUUUGCAGACAUCAAGUGUUAAGCAUGGUUGUAGCUGUCAUGAUAAAAUUAAGAGCAGAGGUCAUAAUUGCUGAUCAAAUACACUGAUGUAUUAUUCACACAAACAGGCGUACAACAGGAGAUUUAGAUACUGUAUUUAAAAAUUAAAACCAACCUGAUGCCCAGCUGGGAGUACAGGUGGGAGACACAAAAAAGGCAGAGCUCUUCUUCUACAAAAAACCCUCAUUUUUAUUAGUGAUUAUAAAACAAUUAAUGAAAAUGGUUCAGAUAACAGGAAAAAAGCCUUGCAGUUGUGCUGGACUAUUGCACAUUAUCAUGUUGAUUAAUAAAUAACGUGCUUAUAGAAGUGAGCAUGUUCAAGCUAUUGGCUGAAAAAUAAAUAUAAAAUUUCUAGCUGUGGACUGAACCCAGAAUGCUGGCUUGAAAAUGUGAUUGUUGUACAGAAGCUCUAUAUUAGAAAAGGCUGAAAGUGCAUUCAAAACCGUUUGAGUGUGAAUAGGUCUGUCUGCUGUAGGUGGGAAGGAAGUUCUUGUUUAGCUCCUAACUACUUCUGCUUCUGUAAUUGGAAUGUUGACCUCUUUUUUUGCAUUUUAUCACUUACUGUUCUUUCUGUCAGCACCAAGGAGAGCAAACAGAACUUGAAGGGAGCUCAUGGCACUCAAGGGGACCGAAGAGAGCUGGAAGGGAGCUCUUCUAGGAUUUCUUUCAACCUGCAUGCUUGGGCACACAUAUUCUCGGCCAUUUGCUUUUGGUGGUCUUGUCUUGGUCUCUGUGUAAAUCCCCAUUUCUUUUCUUCCAACCUUCUCUCAUCUAUGUUGUCUCUCAUUUAUUUUAUCAAAAUGAGUUCUGUUCUCUUCCCUUCCCAAUUUCCCUUUUUUGUUGUUGUUGUUGUUUUGGUUUUGGUUUUGUUUUUCCCCAGAAAACCCCAGUAUCAUACAGGCAGUCCACCUACCAGCUCAUGCUGCUCAGGGCCCCAUCCAGCCUGGCCUUAAAUGCCUGUGUCAGUGCUCACCAUCCUCACAGCAAAGAAUUCAUCUCCAUUCUAAGCCAUUCCCCCUUGUCCUGUUAUUUCCCUUCCUGCUUGUAAACUCCCUUCAAAUACUGGAAGGCUGCAGUGAGGUCUCUCCAGAGCCUUCUCUUCUCCAAGCUAAACAAGCCCAACUCCCUCUGCCUUUCUUCAUAGGAGAGGUACUCUAGCAUGGAUUUCAUCUUCUAGGGGCUGGGCUUUGCAGCAAGCAUUUUAACCUUUGAAAGCAGAAAAGAUCUCCCUUUUUCACCAUUCAUGCACCAAUUCAGAAGCAGAUACAGUGUCAUCAAAAUAAACAAAUAACAAAUUCCCUUAGCCAGAAAAAGUGCUUUUGCUUCUGAGGUUGUUGUGACAACAUGAGCAAUAUCAGCGCUGAGUAAAAUGUCUUAAAGUCAGCUGAAUUUUCUGGAAAAUAAGUGCAUGUUGGAAGAUCUGAAAAUUCAGUGUUCUUCAGGAUGAGGAUGGUGGGUUGGUGUUCCUCUUGAAGGUGAGGAUUAUGAUGCCAGGUGCCCCUAUGGACACAUGAGGACGAGCUGAGCAGUGCAAGGCUGAAGCAUCCCCAUCAGCAGUGGAGAGUGAAUAAACUUCUUCUCUACCCCAGGCACGUGCUCAGGAUGAAUUGAGGUUUGUUCACAUCAAUAAGUGAUGGAGGGAACUGGACUGAAAGAAGGCUGCCCCCUGAAUACCACAUUUGUUGUGUAUUUUUCAAAUGCAUACGAGUUAGUUAUUGCCUUUUGGUGCAGGCCAAAAUUUUAAUGUGCCUGGAACCCCUUAAUGAAACAUUCACAAGGAACCUAAAAUGUAAUGCAGCUCACAAAUACAAAAAUAAUAAUAAUAAUAAUAAUAAUAAAAAACAUUUUAUACCAGGACUUGAUACAAAACCCAUUCUUGGCAAUGGACUUUUCAAAAUAAUUCAAUGAGUAUUUUAUGGCAACUUCUCUGAAUUGUCUGUCUGGCUAAGAUGACAGUGUUAUAAGCAAAAGGUUUGGGAAAGAUCCAAAACCAUCAUUAUUUGGUUAGGAAAAUGUUAUAGGGAGAGCGAUGCGAGGGAUGGCCUUGAGGAUCUUUUUUCUUUUAUCUAAACUAAAUCAUGCUGUGUGCACCAUACCAACAUCUGCAUUUCAGCUUGGGUUGGUUUUAUAUCCUUAGGAUCACCUACUAGAUUUUCACAGCUGAGGGUUAUGGAAUAAGGUUUUGGUUUUGGAGACACGCAAUUGAGGAUAGGGAUGUAGGGAUGCUCCUGUUGGUUUUUGCAUGAGCUGCACAGCGAGAAUCUUGCCUUUCCUUGUGUG